AUGGUCCACGUAUUGACAGAGAAACUUCCAGUGUACAUGUCGCCCAGGGAGAUGUCGAGGGGUGCCGGAUUUCCCAACUCUCCGUGGUCAGAAUCUUUCUUCGAUUGGUUGUUGGAGGUUGAUCCCUGUUGCCGCAAGUCGAUCACUCGAGAGUUCCACGAGGUCCUCGAUUCGAGGACGUUUUCGGAACACUUCUUCGACAACCUGCUCGGCAUCCCAUCGCGCGCUUCUCAGCCUAGCCUCUGCUCAUGCAAGCCACCCUGCCCUCCGUUCUCCGCCGACCUCAUCGCGCCGCCUGUCAUUGCCUAUGCCAAGCUCAGGCCAGACUACGACUGGCCUCACGAUAUGUCUUAUGAAUCUGGCAUUCUGCAGUGGGUUGCCGACCGGCUUAGAGAGUUCUGCUUCCACAACUCAACCUGGACGGUGACACUUCCGAGACUGGCACGCGAGCGUGAGUUCAACGAAUCCGUAAGACGGUUUACGUCUUCCUCAAGCGUGUUUACGUUCAACACCAUCAGCCUUCCCAUUCGUCGCGGCGAGAAAGGGAGCUACAUGAGGAGGCUCGUUCGCUACAAGCUGCCAAAACACGACAUUUUGCAUCCCAGCGACAAGACAUCUCUCCUCCUCGUUUACCGCACCGAUCUACCCCGUGAUAGCCUACGCAGGUUUCCACCCCUCAACUGCAGCCUGACAACCUUGUUCGACAAUCCGAAGAGGCGAGCCAAAUGGGCCCCGGUUUUUGAAGCAUUUCGCGGCUGCGAGGUCGAGACCACACUGGUAGGAGCGGGGGGACCCGAUGAUCUGAUCAAGCUCAAGACUGUGGAGAAGUUGAACGGCAUCACAGUCGCGUACAUGUGCAUGGAUGUUCAUGGCUCCGCAGAUCUUCUCGGUGACUGGAAAACAGGACAUCUUAUCACACAAGACAUUCUAGCAAACCCUGGCUCGGCCAUCCUGUACGGUGAUGUUGAGGGGCGCCAGCCACUGGUCGAACAGGGCUUACGCCUGGCCAUCGACAAGUUACUCUGCCAAGCCUCACAGCUGCAAGUGCCGUUCUCCUUACAGUCCUUGAGCUACCGCAUAUCAAACUUAUUUCAAGCAUACGCCUGCAGAUCCACAUCUACCAAGCAGGAGCGCCCCUCACCUCUGGAACUCUGCAGGGAUCUGCUGGGUAUCUUCUGUGUCGUGCCUACGAGUGAGCCGUCUCCAACACCCUUUCCAGUGUCAUUCACCUCUUGCUGCACUGCCUCCCAUGUGGGAACAUCAUGGCUGAGCUCCGCUGGCUUGGUAUACGGAUGCGCUGUGGGAACGGUGACAGCUCUGACGUUGGACCGGGUCAGAAAGCGCGAACGACGAAUGGAGAAGGUGGUGGACUACAGCGACCUCGUCGGAGAGUUGGUUCAGAACUUUACCGCUAUCCUAUCCACGGCGUUAAUGCCCGGUAGCGUCACGAUUGCCACCGAAGCUACGCGGGGAGUCUUCCGGCGCUUUCUUCAACGUCGCUUUGCUGAAGCAACACUCAAUGACUUCCGAGAAAUCUUGCACAUGCUCGACCACAUGGGUGACAGCUUCGCGACCAUCAUGGAGUCGUACGACAGUGUACUUGAUACUCAUCAUAUCCUUGUCCACUUCAACCAAGCGUUCAUGAUUACGGCCUCCCGCGGGCAGACGGAAUGUUCUGCAAACGAGAUCAUCAACUGGUUCCAGCUUAGCGAUCGCAGUGGGAAGCUUGUUUCUCUCAUACCAACCCAUGCGGUCCGCCUGAACGGACACUAUGGAGACAUGCUCAUCCGCGACCUGUUCACUGCAAAUAUGGUGAGGUACAACUCUGGCUCUCUCCAAAAGAUGCUGGAGAACGCAAUACAGUCGUCGCAAGAGCCAUCUCUAACCACCUCACAAUCCGCAAAACCGUCAACAGAUCCACCCACACCCACAACAGGCCUGACGAAGCCGUCUGUAGAUCUUACCAAGGCGUCAUCAGGUUCACACCCUCCAACACCGACACAUUCGAGCCUCCGCCUCAGCGCAAGUUAUGCAAUCGCACUCAUAGCUGUUCUCCUAGCUGUCCACUCGAUGAGCUGGCUUCUGGACGCGCAAUGGGCAAAGGAUACCGUAACCAUCGAGACGCGCCCUCCACCAAGGACGGCUGCCCGAGUGUUGCGGGAAUACAAGAUCAGUUCGGCAGUCACCGUACUCCCCGACGACAUUGUGUACAUCAUAAGAUCUCCCAUUCAAGAUUGGCUCAAUAUUGAGGACGCAGCCGGAUCCCCUGGGGUAUGA